CGGAGCGAGCGGAGCGCAGCUUGCAAAGAUGGAGGAGAAGAGGAAAAGGAGGAGGUGGCUGUGGUUAUGAAGGGCUGCGGCGGCGGGGACGGCCGGCUCUAGCGCGGAGGGGGGACCCCAUCUGGGCCGGGCCCGGGCCUAGUCACUGCAGCUUUCCCGUCCUCUGCAAGCCCAGCAGCAGAAGCGCGCCGUCUGCACGCCAAACCCCUUGCAGGGUUCCUUAGAAGGAUUUCCCCUCUUGCCACAAGGGAUGUCCCAGCUGUGUUGGCCGAACGGCAUCUGAACACCUCUGCCCACGUGAACACCGUUGGAGGCCUAGCUCUGCUAACAGCUCCUUCUGAUCUUUUCAGCGAGCAGUCACCUACCAACAAGGACAACAUGAACUCCAAGAAUGAGUCAGAUGGAGUUUCUGGACGCGAACCAUCGCUGGAGCUCCUGUCACGAGCACAGAUCCAUGCCAUACCUGUGGCAGCUGUGGACUUGAAGCCGGUGCUUCCAGUGGUGAUGCAGAGCUCUUGCAACAGCAGCAGCAGCAGUAGCAGCCCAGUGGACUUGCGGAUGGAUGCCCGGCCCAGCAUGCCUAGUGUGGAUCCAGCUGUCCGGGAACAGCAGCUGCAGCAGGAACUCCUGGCCUUGAAACAACAACAGCAUUUGCAGAAGCAGCUGCUCUUUGCUGAGUUUCAGAAGCAGCAUGAGCACCUAACACGGCAGCAUGAAGUCCAGCUGCAGAAGCACCUCAAGCAGCAGCAGGAGAUGCUGGCCGCUAAGCGUCAGCAGGAAUUAGAGCAGCAGCGUAAGCGGGAGCAGCAGCGGCAAGAGGAGCUGGAGAAGCAGCGUCUGGAACAGCAGCUACUUAUCUUGCGCAACAAGGAGAAAAGCAAAGAGAGUGCCAUUGCUAGCACUGAAGUGAAGCUAAAACUUCAGGAGUUCCUUCUCAGCAAGUCAAAAGAGUCUGUGGCUCUGGGCGGCUUGAACCAUUCCCUCCCUCAGCACCCCAAAUGCUGGGGGGCUCACCAUACCUCAUUGGACCAGAGUUCCCCUCCCCAGACAGGAAGUCCGGGAACACCACCUUCUUGCAAACUACCUUUACUCGGCACUUACGACAGCAGAGAUGACUUUCCACUCCGGAAAACUGCAUCAGAACCCAACUUAAAAGUGCGUUCACGGUUAAAACAGAAGGUUGCAGAGAGGCGGAGCAGCCCCCUGCUGCGGAGGAAAGAUGGGACCGUCAUCAGCACCUUCAAAAAACGAGCAAUUGAAAUCACAGUGUCUUCAAUGUGCAACAGUGCCCCUGGGUCUGGGCCUAGCUCCCCAAACAGCUCCAACAGCACCAUCACAGAAAAUGGGCUUACUGGCUCCGUGCCCAAUAUCCAUACUGAGCAGAUGCUGCCCCAGCACCGAGCUGUCACAAUGGAUGGAUCAGCUAGUCAGCUCAGUUUAUACACUUCUCCGUCGCUGCCCAACAUCUCCCUAGGACUGCAGGCUACCGUCACAGUGACAAAUUCGCACCUCAAUGCCUCCCCGAACCUUUCCACGCAGCAGGAAGUGGAGCGCCAGGCGAUCCAGUCAUUGCGCCAGGGGGGCGCCUUGACCAGCAAGUUCCUGAGCAUGUCGUCUAUCCCCAGUUGCCUUCUUGGGGUGGCCCUCGAGGGUGAGACCAACAACCACGGACAUGCUUCUUUGUUGCAGCAUGUUCUGCUCCUGGAGCAGGCUCGCCAACAGAACACACUAAUUGCUGUUCCUCUGCACGGCCAAUCUCCUCUGGUGACAGGGGAACGCGUCCCCUCUAACCUACGGACAGUAAGCAAGCUGCCCCGGCAUCGCCCACUGAGCCGCACCCAGUCGUCACCGUUGCCCCAGAGCCCUCAAGCACUACAGCAUUUGGUUGUACAGCAACAGCAUCAGCAGUUCCUGGAGAAGCAGAAGCAGCAGCAGAUCCAGCUGGGCAAGAUCAUUACCAAGACUGGUGAGCUGCCACGGCCACCCACCACGCACCCUGAGGAGACAGAGGAGGAGCUGACAGAACAACAGGAACCUCUGGGUCUGGGCUUGGGCCAGGGGCCCUUUAUGCUGGAUGGGUCAACAGAAAGCGAAGAAACGCAGGAUGACCUGGAGGAGGAGAAGGAGGAGGAGGAAGAGGAGGAGGAGGAGGAGUUGGUAGAAGAGCAGGGCUGUCUCCGAGUCAAGGAUGAAGUUGGGGAGAGCGGGCUGGAAGAAGAGCCAGAAGUUGAGGAGUUGGGAGUCACUUACAGGCAGGUGUUCGCAGAUGCACAUCAGCUAAGACCCCUCCAUCUCUACCAGACGCCCCUGAGCAUCAACACUCUGCCUCAUCAAGCCCUGAGCCGCACCCAGUCCUCCCCUGCCAGCACCAGCCUGAAGAGCAGUACGGCCGAACCUGUGAUCAAGCACCUUUUCACUACAGGUGUAGUUUAUGACACGUUCAUGCUGAAGCACCAGUGUACAUGUGGAAACACUAACAUUCACCCAGAGCAUGCUGGGAGAAUCCAGAGUAUCUGGUCCAGAUUGCAGGAGACAGGGUUGCUGAGCAAAUGCGAGAGGAUCCGAGGCCGGAAAGCAACAUUAGAUGAAAUCCAGACAGUCCAUUCGGAGCAUCACACGUUACUCUAUGGAACCAGCCCCUUGAACCGGCAAAAACUUGACAGCAAGAAAUUGCUAGGGCCCCUUACUCAGAAGAUGUAUGCCGUCCUUCCAUGUGGAGGCAUUGGGGUGGACAGUGACACAGUGUGGAACGAGAUGCACUCAUCCAGUGCAGUCCGUAUGGCUGUUGGCUGCUUGCUGGAGCUGGCCUUCAAAGUUGCAUCUGGGGAGCUUAAGAAUGGAUUUGCUGUCAUCCGGCCACCAGGUCAUCAUGCAGAGGAGUCCACAGCCAUGGGUUUCUGUUUCUUCAAUUCUGUUGCCAUCGCUGCCAAGCUUCUCCAGCAAAAACUUGCCAUCAGCAAAAUUCUCAUUGUGGACUGGGAUAUUCAUCAUGGCAACGGCACCCAACAGGCUUUCUACAGUGACCCCAGUGUGCUCUAUGUUUCUCUCCACCGCUAUGACAAUGGCAAUUUCUUCCCAGGCAGUGGAGCCCCUGAAGAGGUCGGCAGUGGGAUGGGCAUAGGCUACAAUGUAAACGUUGCCUGGACUGGCGGAGUGGACCCCCCCAUUGGUGAUGUGGAGUAUCUAACUGCCUUCCGGACUGUGGUGAUGCCAAUAGCCAAUGAGUUCUCCCCAGACGUGGUCCUUGUCUCUGCUGGCUUUGAUGCUGUUGAGGGGCACCUGUCCCCUCUAGGUGGAUAUUCCGUCACAGCCAAAUGUUUUGGGCACCUGACCAAGCAGCUGAUGAAACUGGCUGGUGGGCGUGUUGUCCUAGCAUUGGAAGGAGGCCAUGACCUGACCGCCAUCUGUGAUGCCUCUGAAGCCUGUGUCUCUGCUUUGCUUGGGCUUGAGCUGGAGCAGCUGGAUGAAGCUCUGUUGCAGCAGAAGCCCAAUGCAAAUGCUGUGGCCACGUUGGAGAAAGUUAUUGAAAUCCAGAGCAAGCACUGGAGCUCAGUGAAACACUCUGCAGCAAUUGUCGGCUGUUCCUUGCAGGAGGCACAGAAGGGUGAGGCAGAAGAGGCGGAGACAGUCAGCGCCAUGGCAUCGCUGUCGGUGGACACAGAGCAAGGGAAAGCAGACUGUAGUGUCCGACAAACAGAUGAGCCAAUGGAGGCCGAUCCCGUGUUGUGAAGUGCCAAGACUUCGAUUUGUGUAGCUGUCACUCUGUGGGUUAUAAUUGGUCAUUUGUGAUUUCGUUUAAAACAACAACAAGAAGAAAACAAAUUAAUUUUUUUUAUCUAUUAAAAAAACAAGAAAAAAAUAAUUGCACUGGACAACAUGAGCCCGUGUGUGCGUGAUCGCGUCUGUCUCCUGGCAUUUGUUCUCACCAGCAUCACCAUUUUGUCCUAACUCUUUGGGAAUUUGUAAGGGGAAUGGAGUGGGGAGGGGAUUUCAUGUGGGUAUCUCCUCUGUUACUCCUUUCUUAGCAACCCUUCUUUCUCCCCAAACCCCUUCCUGGAUUACCCUAGAUAAAAGUUAAUUUUUCCAUAAAUACACCCACGUACUGAGACCCCAUCAGCUUUGUAGACGGUGGGGGGACCGGCUAUAUUUUCCCUGAAAAAUUGUAGUUCUGUUCCUCUAGUCCAUAGAACUGAAUGGACACCUUAAUUCCCUCCAGUUUAUGGAGUGAAAGGAAACACAUGGUUGUCAGGAAGGUUGCGGGGGGCGGGGACUGGCAGGACAGGUAGGGAUGGACACAUAUGCUCCCAUACCUCCAAUCCUCUUGCCCCAAGGGCAGGAGGGAGACUGUUUUCUUUCCGCUUUAAGAGAUUUUUUCUGAUCAGCCUCAAGUCCCUGGAAUUUUGCUGCCCUAGGCAGCUGUCCGUAUCACCCCUUGGGUCUAGCCAGCCCUGCCCCUUCUUGCUGACUCUGUUAUUGAAAUGACAUUUUUUUUCUACUUGGGUUAUUUGCACAUUGCGAUGGGAUUGAAGGCAAAUUCACAGAUGCAUUUUCAAAUAUCUUUUCCUUAUCUUCCCAGCUUCUAAUUGUUAGCCAUUCUCCCGUACCCCACCCCAGUCCACCCACCCCAGUCCACCCCAGUCCACCCAAGUAUUCUUGGGUGGACUGGGGUGCUUCUUGGCUAUAAUCUAAACUUUGUUGCCUAAAUCUAUCUUCUUCCUGAUCCAUUUAGCUGUAAAAUGUCCCUCAGUAUAUAUAAUUCUAAAUGACUCUCUAAAAGAAGCCCCCAAGCUGAGGAGAAAGGAAAAAUGUGUGCCUUUAAGUAAUUUUUGUUAAUGCCUUAAUUUCCCUGUGAGUUCACUACUUCUCCAGAUAACCCAUACACCUUCCUUCUCUCUCCCUCUCCCUCCACCCCCUUCUUAGUUUACUUUCUCUAAGGGAGACAACCCCAUACAAAUAUGGAAAAGAAUCACAUGUAAUGCCCCAACAUGUUGGCCCUGAUCCGGCUCUAGUCGUGCGUAAACAAUAUGUUAACAUGUGACUAGUUGCACGAUAGAAUGUUCUUCCCAUUCAAAGCAAUGCCAUGCCAAUAGACCACAUCCAAUUUAUGUCUGCAGUUCCCAGUCCAGCAAGUGACACAUGUGUGAGCAAGCCUGUUUACAAGCAUGGGUCUCCUUAGCUGGAUCAGGGCAUGUGUAAUUAAAUCCCUUUUGUAAUUAAGAGUGUGCUUAUGUUGACUGUUUCAUGACCAAUGCUUUCUAGAGACUCUCUCUCUCUUUUCUUUCUGUUGUCACUGUUUGAAAGACUCAUCACUUACUGUAAAUAAUUUGAUUUCUUGUAUCACGUGCACAAACUUUGUUUCAAUGAAACUGUCCAUUCAUAAAGAAAAAAAAAGAAAAAGGAGAUAAUUCUUUUUGCUGUUACUACUUCACCAGCCAAAAAAAAUAUAGAGCAACUUUAGCUUUUAAAAAGAAAUGGAUAUAAAGAAAAAAGGUAUAUAAUUUUAUUACAGAUGUAUUAUUUAAUAGUAUUUUUUUAACGUGUACCACGAAACUCUCCUUUCCUUUGGAAAGUCUUUGCCAGCUGGGGUAAUGCACAGAAAGAGAGUCAAAGGGGCUUGCUGGGAUUGUUUUUACU